CCCCACGAGUUGCAAAACAUGUCGGCGUCGGGAUGCGGAGGGCUCAAUGUCACAGAGUUUAAGCAACGGAAAAGAGACACGUUUACUUACUGAUGCAGUCAGAUUUGGAUACAUAACGUUAGGAUAAUCUGCAAUAAGGCAGUGGCCUCUUGAAAAGGUCCACCAGCCCCCCUCCCAUCUUCUUUCUGUGUAGUUGCAGGUCCGCUGGUCUCACCAUGUCCACCCAGAUGUAUAGAGUGGUGGAGCUGGUGAUGAGGUCUGCUUGCUGCCGGACCAUCAGAAGUAGAUCCUGCUUGCGCAAGGCAUUGUUGGACCCCGUGGCUUCCUCUGGCCUUUGUGUUCCUGGAGCUCCUGUGCUUCAUAGAAGAGCCUACAGCUUAGACUCCCUGGCUUCGGGUCGUGGUCGGCUCACGCUUGCUCCAAGUUCCCAACAGCCUUGUGCAGAGAAGACAACCCCCUCAUCAGCUCUCACACAUAGGAACCUGUCUGCUGUAGCUGUACAGGGCCAGCGUCGCCCUUUGUGCUGGUAUGACGUCCUGGAAGUAGAGGAGAAUAUACGUCGUGCUCAGGCCUGUAAAAAGAUAAGACACUUCAUAGUGGAUCCAGACCUGGCGAAACUGGUGACAGAGCAUCUAGGACCGGAGGAUUCUAAAACUGUUAUCUUCGAAUGUAACCCAGGUCCUGGAGCGUUGACUAGGACACUGCUAAAUGCUGGAGCUCAGAGAGUUGUAGCUCUUGAACGGGACAGGUUCUACCUACAGAGGCUACAGGAGUUGGAAGGUCGUCUUGAUGGUCAACUGGAAGUGGUUCACUGCGACUAUUUUAAACUAGACCCCAUUGGCAGUGGAAGCCUUAAACCUCCUGUCAUGUUUACUGACAACCUGUUCACAGACUUGGGAAUAUCAGAAGCUAGCUGGACUGAUGACAUUGUGGUGAAGGUGGUGGGUAUCCUGCCCCACCGUAAUGAGCGUGGAUCGCUGCUGAAGAUGGUUUAUGCUUUGUUCGAACGGCUGUCUGUCUUCAAAUAUGGAAGAAUAGAGCUCAACUUCUUCAUGAGCGAGAGGGAAUACCUGAAACUGAUGUCAUGUCCAGGUGAAAUGAUGCACUACAGAGCCUUCAGCGUCCUCUGGCAGAUGGCCUGUGAUAUCAAACUACUGCACAAGGAGCCCCGGGGGUCGUUUGUGGUGUCGUCAAGACAGAGUGUACACAGCUCUAAGAGCAGCCUCCCCAAUGACAACCUGUGCCUGGUGCGCCUGCGCCCACGGGCUGAUCUGUUCUCUGCAGGCCUCACUCCUUCUAAUGCUUCAACGCUACUGAUGAUGGUCAAACAGUGUCUGGCAAAGAGGAAGGUCAAGCUCAUUGACAGACUAAAUCUCUGGUCUCCAGACAGUGGGAGUAAGCUGUUAUCGGAGAUGGGCAUGCAGGAGGACAUACUAACAGGCCAUGUAUAUCCAGAGGAAUAUCUUCGACUGUUCCAGCUGAUGGACAAGAGUCAGGAGUUCACACAGAGCUGGCUUUAUGAGGAGAUUUUGGAGAACACACAGAGGGAGGGUUGGGCCUAAAAUGUAGACAUGCAGGUCACAUGUAUAGAUUUUUUUAAAUGAAACACAAAAAUACACAAAAGCGAAGAUGUAUAAUAUAAUGAUAAUUUAAGAAAUAAUAACGUGUGAUCUAAUGAAUUUGGGACACACAGAUACAUGCAUACAUGCAUACAUACAGAUAAAAAAGGGUAAUAAGUAAAAGCAGAAUAAUUUGACAUAUAUGUUACUGGACAUCACACUUCUGUAGGGAGUGACUGAAAUGAUGAAAAUGUUUGCAACUGUACUUUUGGACACUGGAGGAAUGCCAAAUGACCCUCUGUGUUGUGCUGAACUGGGAUUCCCAAGAGUUGAAAUUUAGGAUGAAUACUCAGUGGUGGAAAUGGUUCUCUUUUGGCACUCAUUCAAGAUUUGUUGGAUUGCCAGGUGGCGAAAAAAAAAGGUGUUUCUGCAGUGAAAAAUUGUUGCAUAAUAAAGGUCUUGUGAUUAGCUACAUCAAAGAAAAAAGAAUGGAAAAAUCCCUGAAUGGAGAUGAUGAGAGGUGUCAUUGAUGCACCAGGUCAUAGAAAUUAUGUCAUAAUUCAGAAAUGUGCGUCUACUGGAAUAAUGGAUUGAUACUGUGCCUGCAGUUUUGCAGAUGCAGUACACUGUGGCAGCAGUUUCACAGAACACAGCCCUGCAUGUAUCUUAUAGAAUUUUCCAAACCACAACUUCUGGGCAGUAACAGUGAUGAAAGAAGGAGGAUGGUUUUUUACUGUAUAGUGUCAUGCCUUGUAAAUUUUUGUAUAUUCACUGCGAGUGCAUAAACUGGUCUGAAUGUCUGAAUUGUCUUGUUUAUGUAAUGUGUAAGUUGUAUGGCUAAUAUAUUUUUUAAACAAAUGAUAAAAUUAGAAUUUUGGUAUGUGGUGUGGGGGAGAAAUUGAUUUCCACCAUGGUUUAGUGAGUGCCUGUUCCAUCAGUGCUCUUAUUUUGAUGGGUCUGGGUGUUUUGGCCAGACUGAAUCCAUUGUUUUUCUGUACUGGGUUCACACAGCAAAAAACAUGGCAAUUCUUUAAGUGAGUCAUAUACUUUAUGAAUGUUCCUGUUUUUUAGAGAGGUGUGUCCAUGUGUCAUGAAAGCUUCAGUUAUCUGUCAUUACGUUAUCUGUAUGUCAUUCCGUACAUGCAAAACAACAAUACAUCCGCAGAAA